GUCGUUCUCUUUUUAAGCCUUCUGCUAUUGUCUUUUCCUUAAACCCUAAAUCUAAAAAAAAGGAAUCCUCUUAUCGCUCAAUCAGGUUUUUCCUCAGCUGUUAACUGUUCACCAUAAUCAAAUUCAAUCCUCACUGAAUUCACUAGUAGUUUGAUACUAUAUGGAUACUUCAAGCCCUGCAGCUUUUGUCAACGGAGGGUUGCUACGCAUGCAUGUUGGACGUAAGGUGCGAACGGUGAUUCAGGUUACUCGAUCUGAUGCCGGAUCUGUGAUGGGAAAGUCUACCGAUGGUUGUCAACUUGUUGUAAGAGGCUCUCCUCCUGCUCCUCUUACAAGUUAUGUUGAGGUUAUUGGUGUUGCUGAGAAUGAAAAUUCCAUCCGAGCUGAACUAUGGACCAACUUUGGUGACUCAUUUGAUGCAUCCAACUAUGAUCAGCUCUGUCAGCUGGCAAAUGGGGAGUUGAAACACCUAUUCCUGUAGUUUCUUUCACAUAGUCUUUAUCAAAGUGCUUUUAGCUAACAAUGUACUAGGUAUUAUAUGGCACCGGACAUUAGUGUGUUUCUAAUACGGGUAUGUUUAAAUAUUAAAUUUUUUAUAUAUAUAUUUAAUGGAUCUUUGAAGAGUUA